CCCCCAGGGCGCAGCAGGCGCGGGUCCCCUGACCUCACAAACACACCUCCCCUCUGCAGCAGGUGGGGUGGCGCCCCCUCGCGGCUCCCCCUCUGCGAGGCUAGCCGCGUCCCCAGCCCUUCUGCCCCUCCUGUCACCUGCGGCGGCCAUGAAGGGCACCCCCAGCUCCCUGGAGACCCUACUGUGGGUCUACCACUUCCACAGCUCCACCGAGGUAGCCCUGCAGCCCCCACUCCUCUCCUCCCUGGAACUGGCCGCGGCAGCCGCCCACGAGUAUCUGGAGCAGAGGUUCAGCGAGCUGGGGUCCCCGGAGCCUGGGGAGUCGGCGAAGCCGCCCACCCUGGGUCUGGUGCUGAGAGAAGCCGCGGCCAGCAUCGUGAGCUUCGGGGCCGCCUUGGUCGAGAUCUCAGCCCUGUGGCUGCAGAAGGAGGCGCGACGGCUGGAGGGUGGCGGCGGCCCAGGUGCAGCCCCAGAAACUGGGGAUCCGGGCGGAGCGCUGGCCCGCGUGGCUCAGGCUGCCGGGCGAGGUGCCCGGCAAGCUGGGGUCGCGGCGCGGGUGAGCGCCCAGCUCCUCGUGCAGGGCGCGUGGCUGUGCCUGUGCGGCCGGGGGCUACAGGAGUCCAGCCCUUUCCUGCAGCAGUGGCGAUGCCAGCCCGGCCUCGGCAUCUCCGGGGAGCCCGGAAACUCGGGAGACCUCCUGCUGGCCGAAGACGGGGGACCUGAGGCUCCACCACCAUCCCAGCCCCACCCUGCACCCAAAUAAAGCCCUGGAGGGGGCACAGCAGCCAGA